AUGUUAAAGAAAAACUAUACAGCCGUGACUGAGUUUAUUUUCCUAGGACUGACAGACAGAGAAGAGCUGCAGUCUAUGCUCUUUGUGGUCUUCCUAAUCAUCUACCUCAUCACAGUGGUUGGCAACGUGAGCAUGAUAUUCUUAAUCAGAAGUGACACUAAGCUUCACACCCCCAUGUACUUUUUCCUCAGCUACCUCUCCUUUGUGGAUCUCUGUUAUGCCACCACAGUUGCCCCUCAGAUGCUGGUUAACUUUUUAUCCAAGAGAAAGAGCAUUUCUUUUAUUGGCUGUAUUAUUCAGUUCCACUUUUUUAUCGCCUUUGUGAUCACAGAUUAUUACAUGCUUGCAGUGAUGGCUUACGACUGCUACGUGGCGAUCUGCAAGCCCUUGUUAUACACUAGCAAAAUGUCCAGAGGUGUCUGCCUCUCUCUUGUAGCUGUACAGUACAUUUACGGCUUUGUUAAUGGUCUGAUACAGACAAUCUUGAUGCUUCGUUUGACUUUCUGUGGACCCAAUGAGAUCAAUCACUUCUACUGUGCAGAUCCCCCUCUCAUGGUCCUUGCUUGCUCAGACACUUAUGUGAAGAAAACCGCCAUGUUUGUGGUGGCCGGAUCCAACCUCACCUGCUCCCUCACCAUCAUCCUCAUCUCCUAUGUCUUCAUCUUUACAGCCAUCCUGCGAAUCCGCUCCGCCGAGGGGAGGCGCAAGGCCUUCUCCACUUGUGGAUCCCAUCUGACAGCUGUGACCAUCUUUUUUGGAACAUUGUUCUGCAUGCACCUCAGGAGGCCCCCUUCAGAGACAUCUGUAGAACAAGGGAAAAUCGCGGCUGUUUUUUAUAUCUUUGUAAGUCCUAUGUUAAACCCAUUCAUCUACAGUCUGAGGAACAAAGAUGUGAAAAAUGCGAUAAGAAAAUUUAUACAGAAAUAA